CAAAUAUUCGUAAAUCCUUUAUAACUUUUUAUAUAUUAUUACUUUUAUGUCGACUAAAGCUAUCCGUGAAUAUGAUGGAAAAGCCAUUCUCGGAUAUUGGCUUAAACAUGCAACUCCCAUAGUUUCUUAUGAGGAGGUAUCGGACAAACCUGUUGCUGAGUCGACAUUUCUUGCACAGAUUAUUUUUGAUUCACCACAUACAUAUUCAUCAGACGCAUAUACAGCGCAUAUAACCCAUGUUUUAGAUGAAGCAGAGUCUAUUUAUCCAUGGCUUUUAAAUACAAGGCAUUUGGUAGCGAAACCAGAUCAACUAAUUAAGCGCCGUGGUAAACUUGGACUUGUCUGCCUGAAAAAGAACUGGAAAGAUACUCGUAACUGGAUUGAACGAUUUGCAGGGAAAGAACAAAAAGUAGGGAAUAUUUCGGAUGUUCUAAAUACAUUUCUUUGCGAGCCAUUUGUGCCGCAUUCUAAUGAGAGCGAAUAUUAUUUAAGUAUUAUGUCAGCAAGAGAGGGGGAUUUGAUUAUGUUUACACACCAAGGCGGCAUAGAUGUUGGCGAUGUAGAAGUGAAAGCACGAAAAAUCUUAAUACCAAUUAGUUUAGAAGAUUUUCCAAGCCGAGAAACUCUUGAGGAAGCACUUUUGAAAGAGGUGCCAACAUGUGUAAAAGAACCACUUAUUCGGUUUAUUAUCAGGUUAUAUACAGUCUUUGUUACAUGCCAUUUCACAUACCUUGAAAUCAAUCCUUUAGUUGUAGAGAAAAAAGGGGAAAACGUAGAGAUUUACUACUUAGACUUAGCAGCAAAAUUAGAUCAAACAGCAGAAUAUGUAGCGGGAGCGAAAUGGGCGAUUGCUAGGACACCACAUGCUUUAAAUAUAUCAAAUUGUCAAGUGUCAGAUAAGGUAAAUGUAGAUCAAGGACCACCUAUAGUAUUUCCAGCACCUUUCGGGAGAGAAAUGACAAAGGAAGAGAGAUAUAUUGCAGAAUUAGAUUCAAAAACAGGAGCAUCACUUAAGCUAACGAUUCUUAAUCCAAAUGGUCGUAUCUGGACGUUGGUUGCAGGAGGUGGUGCAAGCGUUGUAUUUGCAGAUGCAAUUAUCGAUCUAGGAUAUGCAGAUCAACUAGCAAAUUAUGGAGAAUAUAGUGGUGCACCGACAGAAACACAAACAUACGAAUAUUCACGUACAAUUUUUGAUUUAAUGACACGCGGACCUUUACAUCCUGAAGGAAAAUAUUUAUUUAUCGGAGGAGCAAUUGCAAAUUUUACAAAUGUCGCCACUACAUUUAAAGGUGUUGUCCGUGCAAUGAAAGACUAUGCUUCGGCAUUCCAUGCACAUAAGGUGCAAAUAUGGGUUCGACGAGCAGGCCCCAAUUAUCAGGAAGGCCUGAAAGCAAUUAAAGCAGCCGGAGAAGAACUUUCAUUACCUCUAAAAGUUUUUGGUCCUGAAACACAUAUAUCUGAAAUCGUAUAUUUUGCUCUUGGAGAAAAGCCAGUCAAACCUACUAUUGCUAUUAAUUCAAAAAACGAUAUGUACAUAAAUUUAUAGGUUAUAUGGUCUCGUACUAAAUAUAAUAUUAUUUUGGUUUUAUAU